CUGGUAUGUCAUACCGGUACCAGUACGAGUAUGGUACUGCAGUGGCGACAACUCGAUCUCCGCAGCUCCAAAGAAGGACCAGACCGCAGAGCGCUGCUCGACAACUUGACAACUGUCAGUGAGACACAACCGCAUCAAGCAACAAGCAUAUAUAAUGGAAUUCAAUGCCCCCAUCCAAAUUGUCAACGACAUGAUGAUAACCGAAAGGGAGAGGAACUGGGCCUUGGCAGUCAAAGAGGCGGUGGAGCUUUCUACCCGCAUUGACAACAUAAGUGACUUUGGUUACGCUCACCAUUGUAUCGCCGCAGGAGGCGACCUCAACAAGGCUUUGGACCAAAUUGAAGGCAUGCAAGCCUUUCGCAAGCAGUACAAUCUCUCGGAAAUCGAUCAGGAAGAUACCAUACAAAGAGGAUUGAAGGCCCUGGAUGACUUGAAUUCCAUUUGUCCGAAUUGGCUCUUGCAUGUAGACCUAGAAGAUGGUAGCCCAUGGCUGGUUUGUAAUCAAGGUCAGUUGAACCCUGGCAAGGUUUGGCAGCGCGACAAAAGCUAUGCCUCGAUUCUCCUUGUGCAAUAUUACCUUGGCUGUGCCUUGCAGCCUACUCUGCAGGCCGUUCGAGAAGGCACGACGAUACUCACGGAUGGCGAGAAAAUGUCUUGGGAGAUGAUAGACAUGAAUUACCAACAGCAGCUCUAUUUCGAGUUCGUAUUACACUUCCCGCACAAAGUGAGGAAAAUAUUGGUAUUCAAUGCCAACUGCGCGGCAGUUGCAUUUUGGAAUCUGGUCAAGCCAUUCCUCCCGCGAAAGGUUCGAAGGGUUGUGGUGCUGGACAGGCGAUUUGACGCCCUGGGGUUCCGAUCUGACGAGAUACGGUGCCUCACGGAUCUAUUUUGUCAGCCAAAUCGAGAAGAAUCCUGGAUUCGAUGCAAGCAGAGAGUGGCACAGUUGCUCGUAAUGAGGUCCUACAACAACCAGUUCUUUCGACUGUAAUCGCUGGCCCAAUCCAAACAAUCUUUUGCCAGUGGCGGCAGCAUAGAAAAGAGCUUUUCGGUGUCGCCCAACCUGUCCCCCAACCUGUCCAAGGACGUGAUUCAUUUUAUUUUGUACAUUUUAUUUUGUACAAAGAUGGAGCUUUCAUAUACAGCUGCACAAGCUUUUGCCUUUUGUCUUACGUUGGAGAUGAACCCCACGAGCCUUCACCGGUAUGUACGUAAUAUGGUUGCUGGCUUGCAUGAACCGGGUUCGACUGUGAUCUCUGCUGGAUGACCAACAAGGGCUGCGGUGAGUUGAAAAGGCCGGCGAGUGUAUCCUUGGUGGAGACUAUGGUACGAAGGAUCCGUACGGUACCAGGUACCAGAAUUUGAUCUUCCGGUCGUUGUCACAUACAUGCAUUGCUCCGGGUUGGCGAAACUCGAUACGUCAAACAUAGCUACACUUGUGUAAACAAUUCAUUUCAAGCAAACGAAUGAUCGAGACUUUGGCAAUCGGCCGAAUAGUCGAAAGUGUGGGCUUGUCGCGAAAUGUAGCUGCACUUUUUAG